AUGGAGAAAGAUAGCCAACAACCGGAUGACCAAAACCAGCCCUUAGAAGGCCCAGUCCAGCCUCCAACUCAGCAACAGAAUGAGCUAAGUGCACCACCAGAUGGUGGAUAUGGCUGGGUCUGCACAGCAGCAGCGGCCACAAUCAACGCCCACUCGUGGGGCUUCAACUCUGCAUACGGCGUAUUCCUCGCUCACUACCUGAAGCAGGACACCUUCCCCGGCUCCUCACCCUUGAAGUACGCCUUCGUGGGAUCUCUAAGCAUCACCCUCCUCUUACUCGUGUCACCCAUCGCCACAAUAGGCGUCCGAGAAUGGGGCAUAAAACCAAUAAUGUUCUGCGGAGUCAUUCUCGAAACCGCCAGUCUAAUCAGCGCGAGCUUCGCCACCGAGAUCUGGCACCUUUUCCUUACACAGGGAAUCCUCUUUGGCAUGGGCGUAGGCUUCCUCUUCAUCCCCACGGCCGCAGUCGUCCCGCAAUGGUUCACCACAAAACGCUCCCUAGCCAGCGGCAUCUCGCUCUCCGGCGCCGGCCUCGGCGGCCUCAUCUACUCGCUCGCAACCGGCGCCAUGAUCCGCAGUCUAGGGCUGCAAUGGGCGUUCCGCAUCCUUGGCAUAAUCGGCUUCGUCGUAAACACGACCUGCACACUCCUAAUCAAAGACCGCAACAACGGCCCCACUACAGGCUCCCACAAACGAACAUCCAUGAACCUCACCCUCCUCCACAAAGCCGAAUACCAACUCCUCCUCGGCUUCGCCAGCUUCACAAUGCUCGGCUACUUCGUCCUCAUGUACAGUCUCGCCGACUACGCCAACGAAAUCGGCCUCAACGCCUCCCAAGCCUCCAUCAUAACCGCAAUAUUCAACCUCGGACAGGCCGUCGGCCGCCCCUGCAUCGGCUACUUCAGCGACCGCGUCGGACGGAUUAACAUGGCUGGCUCCAUGACUUUCCUGGCAGGUCUCUUGGCGCUGGUGGUCUGGACAAAUGCGAAGACCUACGGCGUGUUGGGCUUCUUUGCCGUCGCCGAGGGGCUCGUCGGAGGGAACUUCUGGGCCACUAUUGCGCCGCUGAUGGCUGAGGUCGUCGGGUUGAAAGAAGUGCCGGCUGGGCUGAAUCUGUUAUGGUUGAGUAUUGUGUUGCCGUGUACGUUUAGCGAGCCGAUUGCGUUGGAGAUCGUGGCGGGGACGGGUGAUUAUCUGGGCACGCAGUUGUUUACGGGGUUUGUUUAUUUGGUGGCAGCGGGGUGUCUGGUGGCUUUGAGGGGGUGGAAGCUUAUGGUGGAUUCGAGGCGUGUUGGUGUGUCUGGGGAUAGUAGUGGGAGGGUUGGUGGUGUGGAUGCACCGAGGGAGACAGAGAAGGUCGGGUUUGUGGAGUUUUGCCGGCUUUGUGUUAGGAGAGCUGUUGUUUGA